UGUUAGUGGGAGUGUGCCUCUGCAGAAUCCUGAUGACUGGUGUUUAUAGAGGAAUUCCUGUCCUCUCGGUCCUAUUGAAUGUCAAGUCUUUAUGGCCUCUUUGGAACUCGCGUUUGUAAACACACAAACACUGCCACACAAAAGGACGUGAGUGAGAAAAUGGUGCACAGCAGGAAAGGAGCCACAUACUUUAAGCAUCUGCUGCAUUUUCAUCUCUGCAAACAUUGCCGCGUAUGCACAUUGAUGGGCGAGAGGAGGUUAAAGUCUGUUCAGAAUGGGUAUGGGGUUCUCAAAAGGAUAGUGACUCUAGCAUGAACAUACAGCAUGUGAGACAGGAAUAAUUGCAAAGGCAGGCGAAGAGCUCAUCCACAGCAUUAUAAAAGAUCCAUUAAUCUGUGAGAGAUGGUUUGUUACCCUGCGUGUGUGUGUGUGUGUGUGUGUGUCUGUCUGUCUGUCUGUAUGCAAACGUGUGGCUGUGUGAGAGUCUAAGAGAGAGAGAAUGAGAUGAGUUAAGGAGAUGGACAGCGUGUGUGUGUGUGUGUGUGUGUGUGUGUGUGUGUGUGUGUGUGUGCGCACGCAUCAGGGGGUGGGUGCAUUAGUCCGUGUCAGACAGCAAAGAGUGCCGCAGUUAUCUAGGAAUCUGAGCCAAAGCAACCUCACUAACAGACAGAGAGCAGGAGAAAGAGGAGGACCGUCAGUGAGAUGAACUGAGAAAAAAAGAAGAGGAAGAAGACCAUGAAAGAAGCUCAAAGGGUAGAAAAUAAUAGAAAAAUCUAAAACAAAAAAGGGCAAGUCAGCGAUUAUUUUCCACUUGAAGAGGCAGUUGAGAUAUAGCAAAAGUGAAGUGAUAGUUUUUCUGAGAAUCAACAACUUACAGCUCGGAGAAAGAAGGUUUUUCCUCUGGAGGAGAAGGUGGACCACUGCUCAAGAGUUUAAUACAAAGGUCAAGACAAGCCUGCAUUUCUGCACUUUCCCAUGAUUCCACUCAGUUCUCUCAGUUUGCUUCCUCUGUUGUCGCUGUAUGUGGGAGCACUGCUGUCCUCGCAUGCAUCUCCGGCCUGCAAAAACCCUCCCUGCAGGGACAGUCUGGUGGCUGCUCCCAUCCAGCCUGGGACAGGAGCAGGAAUGGGUACCGGAGCCUGUGAGGGUCAAACUGGGACAGCAGCCUGCAGGAUGGGGGUUUCACUUCCAGCCAUCUCAGAUGCUCCUCGGAGGGUGGAGCCCAGGCAUGAUUUCCCCCAGGUUCAGCAGAAGACUGGAGGUGUCAAGGAGCGUCUCGUUCAGCUGCAGCGCUGCAUGCGCUCUCUCCAGGAAACAGGGGGCCCUUGGAGUCACGGGGGCCAGGAGAACAACUCCCUAGGGACCAUCUUGGCACUAAUGGCAGCUGUGCUGACAGAGUGUGACCUCCACUGUCACAGCCAGGCCCUUGGGGCGAUGGCCAAACGACUGGAGAGUGCAGCUGUGGGAAGAGAGGGGGAAAGAGACCUGCUGCUUUUCCUAAAAAGCAUCACACAACAUCCACCUACAGUAGCCCCGUUGGAAAGGUUACAUCCUCAGGACUGUGCAGAGAUUUACAGGCUCGGGAUCAAAGAGAAUGGAAUCUACACCAUCCAGCCUGACCUGCACGGGCCAGCAUUGGAGGCUAAAUGUGACAUGGAGACGGCAGGCGGUGGGUGGACAGUGAUCCAGAAUCGACGGGACGGCUCACUGGACUUCAACAGGACAUGGCAGGAAUACCAGGAGGGCUUUGGUGGUCCGCAGGGAGAGCACUGGCUGGGGAACGCAGCGCUGCACGCCCUCACCUCCACUGGCCAACACCAACUCCGCAUUGAGCUGGAGGACUGGCACCAGCAGAAACGACAAGCUACCUACAACAACUUCAAAGUUGCCUCAGAGGCACAGAGGUAUCGUUUAACAGCUCGGGAGUACUCUGGUGAUGCAGGCAACUCAUUGAGCUACAGCAAACGUUACAACCAUGAUGGCAGAUCCUUCAGCACGGCAGACAGAGACAACGACCGUUACGCAGCUGGAAACUGUGGUCACUACUAUGGUGCAGGCUGGUGGUUCGAUGCCUGCCUGGCCGCUAACCUGAAUGGACGGUAUUACCGUGGACGCUACAGUGGGGUGACCAACGGCAUCUACUGGGGGACAUGGUACAUCCUGACAGACGGACGAACUGGAGAACGCUACUCCUUCAAGAGGGUGGAGAUGAAGACAAGACCCAAGAACUUUGUGGGAACAUCCUAAAGAUGUUGACAACUGUCGCGGAUAAUCACGUAAACCCAAGUUUUGUUUGUUUAGUCACUGUGUGGACAUAACUACACUUAGAGCAGCUUUCAUGUCACAUCAGUUACAUGCAGAUGGCAGCUAAUAGAUCAAAGAAAGAAAUAUGCAAAAAUUAAUGUCUCAAUAUUCACUAACUAUUUGAGGCUACACUCAACAUUACUAUAUUCUUUGGGGAUUUCUCUACAUUGGCCAAGAUGUUUUGAAAGGACUACAUAUUUAAAACACUUUGCAAUUUCAAAAAACAUUUAAGCACAUUAACAGAAAAUACAAAUUCUAAAGCCAGAAACUGAAAAUGAUAUACAACUCUUAAAUUUCUGUUGAGUGACACUUCUCAAAAGGAUUGAGCAGUCGACCUACCAUAAAUCAGCCUUGACAUCACAAUGUUUCCAUACAACGUAUACUCUUACAACAGUUUGUAUGAUAUCUUACGAAUUAGUGCCCCACAAAUGCAGUUACGUCCUUACCAUAAAAGUAUGUAAUUGACGUAAAGUUACGACGGUUAGAUUUAGGCAAAAGAAACAUGGUGAUGAUUAAAAUUCACUCCUUCACAUCUGCCUCCUUAUUGGGCUGCUCGGGAUCACCACCUACUUUACUGCCGUCAGCACAUUGGUCAAGUGAUCGCAGCCUUCCAAAAUACAUGGGCUAUGCAUGAAUAAGAAGCUCAUGAUUACAUGGAUUAUGCUCUGAUUUAGUGCAUUACUUUUUGUAGGAAAAUUUAAUUCAUACGAUUGACUGACGUUCGCUAAAUUACAUACUGCAUACUGCGUAGCUAGCUUCAUAAUGGCCUACAGUUAGAUGGCAUAUUACAUAAACCUGAAAAAUGAUACUGAACAUAACUUAUUUGUGAUAAUCACAUUGCGAUAGUAAUCAUAGUUAGCUGGCAAACAACAUUUCAAUUACUUCUCAAACAGGCAAGUUUUAUUGUUAACAUCUGCUGACUCUCACUUCUGUUGUGGCUUUUCCGUUAAUGUGCUUUUGUUUUUUUGAAUCUACAAAGCAUUUUAGUUGCAGUUUGUUUGAAGUCUCAGCCACCGUACUUCUCUACUACAUUUAAAGCAUUAUUCCAUAACAGUGAUACAAAUAAAUAGAUAUUGGAAAUACU